GCACUGAGACCGGCCUGUGGCCCGCGGGGGGCGAGCCCCGGGGAGAGCCGGGUCGGUCUGUGGCCGCUGCCGGGGCUGUUUGGGUUUCAGUUUUCUUUUUAAAGCCCCCCCGGACCGCAGCGCAGGGGGGAAUGCGCCGCCCCGCUGGCUGCUAGGAAAGCAGGGGCCUGGCCGCUCCCUUCAGCAGGGGUCUGUGGGACAAGGCUGGACUAAUACACACACACACCGCUUUAACCAGCGGGCUGUGAGCCGGCCUGUCCGCAGUUAACCCCUACGUGUGCAGAGCAGCAAGAGGGCGGCGAGCCACUGAUUUUGUGAGGGGAAAGCAAAGCAGCAGGGACCGCUCACCUCUGGCCAUGGGGCUUCCAGCAAGGAAUUGGUUAUAAUCUAAAAUUUACAUUCAUCGCAGUCACCACUGCCAAGUACAUUCUCCGAUGCUCAGCCUCUAGUCCACUAGCCUGACAAGGUACAAUAAAUAUUUAGUCUUCAAGAACUGUGUAAUGCUGAAAGCAGAGUGUGGAGGUCAUGAAACAAAGGGCAUGUGUGAAGAUCCAGAGACCAGAUAGGAUGGGUUUCUGAAUGGUACUGCUGGCCCUGUUGUCCUGUCUGAUUUUGCUAUGGUUUAUUUGGACCGAAAUGGCAAAUUCUCCGCCCGUUAACCAGCAGACCGAGAGACCUAGUCCUGAGCCACCAGCGGCCUCUGAAAACAAAGAGAAACCUUCGAAAGGAUCAACAUGCCUACUGCAGGAGAGGGCUGUAACACCACCUCAGUCCACAGGGCCUGCUCAGACUUCACCGACCUCUGGACAUGUGUCCGUGGAUGCCCUUCAGCAAGCAGCAAGUAUGCUUUGGCAGCACAAACUUCCAAAUAUCCCUUCUUCCUCAGAGUCAGCACAAGAUGUUUCAGCAAACAGUUUAGCAGAGCCUUUAUGUCAGGUUCUGCCUCCUUCAUCAAAGCAGCAGAUGAAGCUAAAGAAGUCCAUUUCCAGGGAAAAGCAGGAGCAGUUUAUAGAACACACUCAGGUACAACUCAAAAGGCAAGCAAUGGCAAAAUUUGUCCUGGGCUCUUUUGAAGAUAACUCGUCUGAUGAUGAGCUGAUACCUGGAUCCUUUAAAGUCACUAGCAGAAGUAGCAUGAUGAGUGUUGGUUCCUCCUCCUCUUUUGAGUCCUUUUCGCUAACAUCACUGUCAGAGUCUGGAUCUUCUUCCACAACCAUGAGGGUACCGUUUAAACAGCUUCUGUGUCCUGUCUCAGAAGAGUCUGCAUAUUGGCCUAGCAUGUCAGGGCUGCACCUGGUCAAGAGAGGCCGAGAGCAGAAGAAACUGGAACUCCAGAGGGAUUUCACCGUCGCCUCACCUGCUGAGUUCGUGACUCGGUUUGGGGGGAACCGCAUUAUUGAAAAGGUUCUGAUAGCAAAUAAUGGCAUUGCUGCUGUGAAGUGCAUGCGCUCCAUCCGCAGGUGGGCCUAUGAAAUGUUCAGAAAUGAGCGAGCAAUUCGAUUUGUUGUCAUGGUUACACCUGAAGAUCUUAAAGCAAAUGCAGAGUACAUCAAAAUGGCUGAUCACUAUGUGCCUGUCCCUGGGGGAGCCAACAACAACAACUAUGCCAACGUAGAGCUGAUUGUGGAUAUUUCCAAGAGGAUUCCAGUGCAGGCCGUGUGGGCUGGCUGGGGCCAUGCUUCUGAAAACCCUAGGCUUCCAGAGCUGUUGCAGAAACAUGGGGUGGCUUUCCUAGGUCCUCCCAGCGAAGCCAUGUGGGCUUUGGGAGAUAAAGUGGCUUCCACCAUUGUAGCCCAGACUGUCCAGAUCCCCACAUUGCCAUGGAGCGGAAGUGGUCUCAUGGCAGAAUGGACGGAGGAUUGUGAGCAGCGGAGAACAAUCAGCGUCUCCCUAGAGACUUAUGCACGAGGCUGUGUAAAGGAUGUGGAUGAAAGCCUGGAGGCAGCCGAGAGGAUUGGCUAUCCUGUGAUGAUAAAAGCUUCGGAAGGCGGCGGUGGCAAAGGAAUCCGGAGAGCAGAGACUGCUGAGGAAUUCACUGGCUGCUUCAGACAAGUACAGAGCGAGGCUCCAGGGUCCCCCAUCUUUGUGAUGAAAUUAGCCCAGCACGCCCGGCACUUGGAGGUGCAGGUCCUUGCUGAUCAGUACGGGAACGCGGUUUCGUUGUUUGGCCGCGACUGCUCCCUACAGCGCAGGCAUCAGAAAAUAAUUGAAGAGGCACCAGUGACGGUAGCAGCUCCCUCCGUGUUUGACUUUAUGGAGCAGUGCGCAGUACGCCUUGCAAAGAUGGUGGGCUAUGUGAGUGCAGGGACAGUCGAAUACCUCUAUAGUGAAGAUGGGGGCUUCCACUUUCUGGAGUUAAAUCCCCGUCUGCAAGUAGAACAUCCUUGCACAGAGAUGAUUGCUGAUGUGAACUUACCUGCGGCUCAGCUACAGAUUGCAAUGGGUGUCCCCUUGCACAGAAUAAAAGACAUCCGAGUGCUGUACGGAGAGUCGCCAUGGGCUGAUACACCCAUCUGCUUUGAGAGCCCUGCGAAUAUCCCAGUGCCCAGAGGCCAUGUCAUUGCUGCUAGAAUCACCAGUGAAAACCCUGAUGAGGAGUUCAAGCCAAGCUCAGGGACAGUGCAGGAGCUGAAUUUCCGUAGCAGCAAGAAUGUCUGGGGUUAUUUCAGUGUGGCAGCUGCUGGUGGUUUGCACGAAUUUGCUGAUUCGCAGUUUGGGCACUGUUUCUCCUGGGGAGAGAAUCGCGAGGAGGCUAUCUCGAAUAUGGUUGUGGCGCUGAAAGAGCUGUCGAUCCGUGGGGAUUUCAGAACAACUGUCGAGUACUUGAUUAAGCUGCUGGAGACUGAGAGCUUUCAGAACAAUGAGAUAGAUACUGGGUGGCUGGACCACCUGAUUGCUGAGAAAGUGCAGGCCGAGAAGCCAGACACCAUGCUGGGCGUGGUUUGCUGUGCUCUGAAUGUAGCAGAUGCCUUGUUUAGGACUUGUAUGACUGACUUCCUGCAUUCUCUUGAAAGGGGCCAAGUUCUGCCAGCAGCUUCCCUGCUGAACAUUGUAGAAGUGGAGCUUAUUUAUGAAGGUGUGAAGUACGCUCUCAAGGUUGCCCGUCAGUCUCUGACAACUUAUGUCAUUAUAAUGAAUAACACUCACAUCGAGAUAGACGUGCACAGGUUGAAUGAUGGCGGGGUGCUGCUUUCCUAUGAUGGUAACAGUUACACGACAUACAUGAAAGAAGAAGUUGACUGCUAUCGAAUCACCGUUGGUAACAAAACGUGUUACUUUGAAAAGGAAAAAGACCCAACCAUGCUGAGAUCACCCUCUGCUGGGAAACUGCUGAAGUACACUGUGGAAGAUGGAGGCCACAUCUUCAUAGGGCACAGUUUUGCAGAGAUAGAGGUGAUGAAAAUUAUUUUGACCCUGGAGGUGAAGGAAUCUGGCCAUAUACGUUAUAUAAAACGGCCAGGAGCAUUGCUGGAGGCAGGCUGUGUCAUAGCUAGACUCGAGUUAGAUGAUCCUAGCAAAGUGCAUCCAGCCCAGUUGUAUACAGGUGGCCUCCCCACCCAGCAGAUGUUGCCAAUCGGUGGCCUGAAGCUGCACCAGGUCUUUCACAGUGUCCUGGAGAAUCUGAUCAAUGUCAUGAAUGGCUACUGCUUGCCAGAGCCAUAUUUCAGUGCAAAAAUGAAAGAAUGGGUAUGUGAGCUGAUGAAGACCCUCCGGGACCCCUCCCUGCCUCUUCUGGAGCUGCAGGAGAUCAUGACAAACGUGUCUGGCAGAAUCCCGCUGUCAGUGGAGAAAUCCAUUCGAAAAGUGAUGGCACAAUACGCUAGUAACAUCACCUCAGUGCUGUGUCAGUUUCCCAGUCAGCAGAUCGCUAGCAUACUGGACAGCUAUGCGGCCAGUUUGCAGAGGAAGGCAGACCGGGAAGUCUUCUUCAUGAACACGCAGAGCAUUGUGCAGCUAGUCCAGAGGUACCGCAGCGGCAUUCGGGGCUACAUGAAAUCUGUCGUGUUAGACUUGCUGAGAAGAUAUUUGCAAGUGGAAACCCAGUUCCAACAAGCCCACUAUGACAAAUGUGUGAUCAACCUGAGGGAGCAGUACAAACUAGACAUGAACCCGGUGCUCGAGUGCAUCUUCUCUCAUGCCCAGGUGGCAAAGAAGAAUCUGCUGGUGAUCAUGUUAAUCGACCAGCUGUGUGGUCGAGACUCCACCGUGACAGAGGAGCUGAUGGCCAUUCUCACUGAGCUAACACAGCUCAGUAAAACGGAGCACUCCAAAGUGGCUUUGCGAGCCAGACAGGUUUUGAUUGCCUCUCACCUCCCUUCUUAUGAACUGAGACAUAAUCAGGUGGAGUCCAUAUUCUUGUCUGCUAUCGACAUGUACGGCCACCAGUUCUGCCCUGAAGACCUAAAGAAACUGAUCCUCUCGGAAACCACCAUCUUUGAUGUGCUCCCUACCUUCUUCUACCACUCCAACCAGCUGGUGCGCAUGGCAGCUCUGGAGGUGUACGUGAGGAGAGGAUAUAUCGCCUAUGAACUAAACAGCUUGCAGCAUCGUCAGCUCUCAGAUGGCACGUGUGUGGUAGAGUUUCAGUUUAUGUUGCCAUCAUCGCAUCCAAAUAGAGGCAACAGCCCCACUUUGAGCAGAAUGUCUAUCCCGAUCAGCGUAUCGAACCCUGACUUAGCCAGGCAUAGCACUGAGCUGUUCAUGGACAGCGGCUUUUCUCCUCUGUGUCAGAGAAUGGGAGCCAUGGUUGCUUUUGACAGAUUUGAAGAUUUCACAAGGAAUUUUGAUGAAGUGAUCUCCUGCUUUGCCGACCCACCCUCAGAGAGUCCCCUGUUCAGCGAGGCGCAAUCCACACUCUACGAAGAAGGGGACAAUAAGACCAUCCAAGAGGAGCCCAUCCACAUCCUGAACACAGCCAUCCGAUGGGCCGGCCACCUUGAGGAUGAGGAGCUGGUGCCAGUCUUCAGAACCUUUGCUCAGUCGAAGAAAAACAUCCUCGUUGACUGUGGCCUCCGGAGAAUCACGUUUUUAAUUGUGCAGAAGAGCGAAUUUCCAAAGUUUUUUACAUUUAGAGCAAGAGAUGAGUUUGCAGAAGACCGGAUUUAUCGGCACUUGGAACCAGCCCUGGCCUUCCAACUGGAACUGAAUCGGAUGCGUAACUUUGACCUGACUGCUGUCCCCUGUGCCAACCACAGGAUGCACCUCUAUCUAGGAGCUGCCAAAGUGGAAGAGGGCAAUGAAGUUACUGACUACAGGUUUUUCAUACGAGCCAUUAUAAGACACUCUGAUCUCAUCACUAAGGAGGCCUCUUUUGAAUACCUGCAGAACGAGGGUGAACGGUUACUCCUGGAAGCAAUGGAUGAGUUGGAAGUGGCCUUCAGCAACACCAGUGUCCGCACUGACUGUAACCAUAUCUUCCUCAACUUUGUGCCCACUGUCAUCAUGGAUCCGUCCAAGAUCGAGGAGGCUGUCCGCUCCAUGGUGAUGCGCUACGGCAGCAGGUUGUGGAAACUCCGGGUCCUGCAAGCUGAAGUGAAGAUCAAUAUUCGUUUGACUCCUGUUGGAAAAGCCAUUCCUAUCCGUCUCUUCCUGACCAAUGAGUCCGGCUACUACCUGGAUAUUAGUCUCUAUAAAGAAGUGAAUGAUCCCAGGACUGGGAAUAUUAUGUUUCACUCUUAUGGGGAUAAGCAAGGGCUGCAGCAUGGAAUGCUGAUUAACACACCAUAUGUUACCAAAGAUCUGCUCCAGUCCAAGCGCUUCCAGGCACAGUCGCUAGGCACUACCUAUGUGUACGACUUCCCUGAAAUGUUCAAGCAGGCUCUCUUUAAAUUGUGGGGCUCUACAGAAAUGUACCCCAAAGAUGUUCUAACCUACACUGAGUUAGUGUUGGAUUCUGAGGGGCAGCUGGUGGAGAUGAACAGGAUACCUGGAGGAAAUGAGGUUGGGAUGGUUGCCUUCAAAAUGAAGCUGAAAACCCCUGAGUAUCCCAAAGGCCGAGACAUGAUUGUUAUCAGCAACGACAUCACCUGCAAGAUUGGCUCCUUCGGGCCUGAGGAGGAUCUGCUCUUCCUGCGAGCUUCGCAGCUGGCCCGCUCGGAAGGCAUCCCACGGAUCUACAUUGCAGCGAACAGCGGGGCACGGAUAGGGUUUGCAGAUGAGAUAAAGCACAUGUUCCAGGUAGCCUGGGUCGAUCCCAUGGAUCCAUACAAGGGGUUCAAAUACCUGUACCUGACGCCACAGGAUUACACAAGGAUCAACUCGGUGAACUCUGUGCACUGUGAGCAUGUAGAGGAAGGAGGAGAGUCCAGGUAUGUCCUAACUGAUAUCAUCGGUAAAGACGAAGGGUUCGGUGUGGAGAACUUGAGAGCAUCUGGUACCAUUGCUGGGGAGUCCUCCAUUGCGUAUGAUGAAAUUGUGACCAUUAGCAUGGUGACAUGUCGUGCCAUUGGAAUUGGCGCUUACCUGGUGAGGCUAGGGCAGCGAGUGAUACAGGUGGAGAAUUCCCACAUCAUCCUCACUGGGGCUAGUGCUUUAAAUAAGGUCCUGGGGCGUGAGGUCUACACAUCCAACAACCAGCUUGGAGGCGUGCAGAUCAUGCAUAAUAAUGGCGUUUCCCAUGUGACUGUCCCAGAUGACUUUGAGGGCAUCUACACCAUCUUACAGUGGCUUUCGUAUAUGCCAAAGGACAAUCGUAGUCCAGUGCCUGUUACUGCUACAAGUGACCCCAUUGAACGAGAAAUUGAUUUUGUCCCUUCCAAAGGCCCCUACGAUCCCAGAUGGAUGCUGGCAGGAAGACCACAUCCAAUUGUUAAGGGAACCUGGCAGAGUGGCUUCUUUGAUCAUGGCACUUUCAUGGAGAUCAUGCAGCCUUGGGCACAGACAGUUGUAGUUGGCAGAGCAAGAUUGGGAGGGAUCCCCAUCGGUGUGGUAGCGGUGGAGACCCGGACUGUGGAGAUGGCAAUACCAGCUGACCCUGCAAACCUGGAUUCUGAAGCAAAGAUAGUCCAGCAGGCUGGGCAGGUGUGGUUCCCAGAUUCAGCUUUUAAAACUGCCCAGGCUAUAAGGGACUUCGACCGAGAGCGGCUCCCUCUCUUGAUCUUUGCAAACUGGAGGGGAUUCUCCGGUGGCAUGAAAGAUAUGUAUGAUCAGGUGCUGAAGUUCGGUGCGUACAUUGUCGAUAGCCUCAGGCAGUUUAAACAGCCUGUUCUUGUCUACAUCCCCCCACAUGCCGAGCUAAGAGGAGGGUCCUGGGUAGUAAUUGAUCCAACAAUCAACCCUGUGUACAUGGAGCUUUAUGCAGACAAGGAGAGCAGGGGAGGCAUUUUAGAAGCCGAAGGAACAGUGGAAAUUAAAUUCAGGAGGAAGGAUUUGAUAAAGACUAUGAGAAGAAUUGAUUCAGUCUGUGCCAGACUCGUUGAACAGCUGGGUACCCCAGAACUCCUAGAAGAGGAUCACAGAGAGCUGAAGAAGCAGCUGAAAGCUCGGGAAGAGCUCCUGUUACCCAUCUUCCACCAGGUGGCAGUGCAGUUUGCUGACCUUCACGACACGCCAGGAAGAAUGCACGAGAAGGGCGUUAUUGCAGAUAUACUUGAGUGGAAGAAUGCCCGUACCUUCUUAUACUGGCGUCUGCGGCGCCUCCUUUUGGAGGAGGUGGUGAAAACAGAGAUUCUGAAUGCGGACAGUGAGCUCAGCAACAUUCACAUCCAGUCCAUGCUGCGCCGCUGGUUCAUGGAGACAGAAGGAGCUGUGAAGGGCUAUCUCUGGGACAAGAACCAGGCGGUGGUGGAAUGGCUGGAGAAACACUUGCAAGAAGAGGAGGGUUCCCGAUCAGCCAUUCGAGAAAACAUAAAAUAUCUGAAACGGGACUACGCUCUCAGACAUAUCCGGAGCUUGAUUCAAGCAAACCCAGAGGUGGCCCUGGACUGCAUGAUUCACUUGACUCAGCAUAUCACCUGUGCACAGAGGGCCCAGAUCACUCGUCUCUUAUCUACCAUGGAUAAUCCUCCUCCCUUCUUGACAGAGAGGCCGCAGGUGGGGGUGCCAGGAACAAUCGCUGUAGACAAGGAAGCACACAGAGAGAAACCACUCCUUUGAGACCAGAUGUCUUCUUGCCUGAAUGUAUUCGAGCCUAGUGUUGAAGCUUUAGACUCUACUGAUGUCUCUCAGUAAAUGAUGCCAUUGCUGCAUUUUCAGCCAUGAAAAUAGUCUUUCUGUGAACACCGUGUUCAUCCUGGACUUGUGGGGACAAUUUAAAAAACCAAAUCCAUUACAGUGACAUUUUUGUGGGAUUUAAAUUCAACCCAAAUUGACCUUGUCAGCAGCACAACGCUGGUAGGGAUGGGCCCCAGGGUCAUUUUUGUGACUUCCAUUUCAUUAGAAUGAAUGGAGCUGGGAGUAGAAAUCAAACUCUGUAUAAUAGCCAGAAAGAGAAAUAUUUUUGUACUAAUGUUUAUUGUUGCCGACCAUCUGCCAGCAUAAUAAGAAAAUGUUGUUAUUUUUAAUGAACAAGAGAAAACUGUGUGUUGGAAAAACAUUCACACUAACCACUAGAAAACCAUUGGAGAGCCUCUUUAUUCCCCUGCUACGGCAGUGUUUAGUGGAGGUAAUUAUAAAAUAAUUCUUGGAACAUGGUCAGGGAUUCGAGGGAAGGUUUUGACAGAGCCAUACAUUUCAACUUGUCUUUUUUUCUUUGUGGUCAGGACACCAAGUUUGCAGCUGUUAACACAGUUGUCAGUGCAGGAUUUGUUAAACAGCCCCAGUUCUAACAAGGGAAUGAAAAGGGGCAGAUGAAUUUUCCAUCUCUUCUUUAGUUGGUGUCCCCUUCCAUUUCAUAUUGGAAUUCCUUGGAAUUAUUUCAGUGUCUGCACCUGCUUUCCCACCCACCCACGCUCUAUUUGGAGUGGGGAGGGAAAUGUGGACCUGACUUUGUCAGUGAUUAACCUGACCGCGUGAAUCAGGGUAACGUAUCGCACACUUCAAACUGUUGUUUAGUAAAAGCCAUGAUUUAGAUCUUACUGUGCCUUGUUCUAUUGUGGUAGCAUUUAACAAAUCCAUUUGCCUAAUGUAACUACAGAAUAGUGGUGAUCCACCCUUUGCCAUUUUAAAAAUAAAUCCUCAUGUCAUGUAUAUCUUUUGACUAUCCUGGGUUGCAUAACCUCAUGACAAUACAUGUACCAUGUCUCACUGCAAUCUUUAAUCAUAAGAAUAAGAUACGGCCUUACGGCUCUUAGAUAUGGCCUUACGGGAAUAAAAUUGGUUAUCUGGUUUAAAACAGUGUUAAAGCCAUUAUUUGGCAAUGUUACAGAUCCGUCAGUUGAUUUGAAACCAAAUAAUGACAAAACCAAAGACGCACAGGACAGCUGUAUACACAGUGGGCUAGGGAAUGUGAUGAAACAACUUACUAUCUGCAAUGCCAGUGGUGAGGUUUUUCCAAAAAGAAUGUAUUCUGUAUUUUAUUGAGAAGAGGGCAGCAGAGAGCAGAGACUUUACAAGCUCCCUGAUUUAAAAGAUGUUACACCUGCACGAGUUUUGUCAGAGAGAGGAGGAUGUGUUAACAAAACUCACUGUAUGGAAGGAGAAUUGGGAAAUCCAGCCCAACUGCUCCAAAUAAAAUGAUGACAGUUUUCA